AUGAAGAAACAACUUGUAUUCCGUGAUCAUCAAAAAACUUUGACCACUCAAGAAACCCAUUACCAUGGCAAAACAACAGCUCAAGAAUGGUUCUUAGCGGCCCAGGACGUGUCACCGAAGAAUGAUAUCGCAAAGCACUUUGUGCGGUAAUCAACCAAUGAACCUGCAGUGCCAAAAGCAUUUGCUAUUGACCCGAGAAUAUGUUCCGCUUAUUUUUGGGACUGGGUAGGCGGUCGUUAUUCACUAUGGUCAGCCAUUGGUCUCUCUAGUAUUUUAUACCUUGGCAUGGAUCACUUUAUUGAGCUGCUAGAAGGCGCUCAUGCGAUGGAUAAUCAUUUUCGUAAUGAACCAUUAGAAUCGAAUAUUCCCGUCAUAUUAGCCAUGUUAGGUAUUUGGUACGGUAAUUUCUUCCAUGCUGAGUCCAGUGCCAUCUUGCCAUAUGACCACAAUCUACGCUUACUACCUGCUUACUUAGAACAAGCUGAUAUGGAAAGCAAUGGCAAAUCAGUCGAUAAAGAAGGCCAACAAACCACCUACUCCACGGGUAAAAUUAUUUGGGGAGCAGAAGGCAUUAAUGGUCAGCAUGCAUUCUACCAAUUGCUGCAUCAAGGUACUCGGAUUAUCCCUACUGACUUCAUUGCUUCUGUUAUAUCGCACCACUGCAAUGAAACGCAUUGCAAUAUCCUCGCAUCUAACUUUCUUGCUCAAACUGAAGCUUUAAUGCGCGGACGCACCAUGGAAGAAACCCGAGAACAAUUAAUCUCGGCUGGCAUUGAGUUAUGCAAAGCGGAAAAACGCUUACCACAUAUGAUUUUUGAAGGUAACCAACCGAGUAACUCCAUUGUCCUAAAGAAGUUAACACCCCACGCGCUGGGUUCACUUAUCGCCAUGUAUGAACACAAAAUUUUUGUGCAGGGUACGGUCUGGAACCUUAAUUCCUAUGAUCAAUGGGGUGUUGAAUUGGGAAAAAACCUCACCAAGAAUAUCCUCGAAGAAAUGGAAAGCAACGACGACCUCUAUGCGCAUGAUAGCUCUACCAGAGGCUUGUUAGAUUGGUUCCGUAACUGUAGGCAGGAAGAAGAUAAGAAAUAA